AUGUUGGCAAGAACAAGACUGGCUCCAAUAAAGACAACCACCAUCCCCAGACUGGAGUUGUCAGCAGCAGUCCUGGCAGCCACAUCAGAUGCAAAAUUACGGAAGGAGCUCUCUUUGCCUAUUGAUGACUCCGUGUUCUGGACUGAUAGUACUAUUGUUCUGCAAGGUCUAUCAGCUAUAGAGUUAAUGCAAAGAAAGGAUUGGAAGGAAGGGGCAGAAUUUCUCCUCUUACCUGAAGCCUCCUGGCCUCCUCCACCAGAACUUCCUGGGAUUUCAAAUGAUGAUCCUGACGUUAAGGAUAUGACUAUAUCAUUUGCAGCUGGCACAAGGAAAGUUGCACCUGUGGACCCACUGUUUGGCCGAUAUUCCUUGUGGUACAAGCUGCAGCGAAUUGUAGCAUGGCUACGUAGAUUCUGUUCAGCAUGCAGAAGAAAGUGUUCACACCAAGACUCUAACCUCAGCGUUAUGGAGAUCCAAGCAGCAAGGAUGGUUAUCAUCAGACAAGUACAAAUGACCUGCUUUGCUGAAGUGUUGGACAUAUUGAAGAAAGGAAAAAAUUUGAAGGCAAGGUGCCUUUAUCGUCUGGAACCCCACUUGGAUGACCAGGGCAUGUUACGUGUGGGUGGACGGAGAGUCGAUGAAUAUAUCGACCAGAAUUCUAGAAGGCCUCUGAUCUUACCGAAAGAUCAUCCUGUAACCGCCUUAAUAGUUCAAGACAUUCAUGUGUUCCAUGCCAGGCACUCCGGCAGAGAACACAUCUUUGGAGUGGAUUGUUUUGGCCCAUUUCAUGUAGUAUGUAAAAGACACACAGAGAAGCGAUUUGGUUGUGUCUUUACAUGCUUCAGCACCAGGGCUGUCCAUAUUGAACCCUUAAAGUCUCUAGAUGCUAGCGCCUUUCUCAACGCACUCAUGUGCUUUAUAGCCUGUAGAGGAACCCCUAUGACGAUCUACUCCGAUAGAGGAACAAACUUCUUGAGAGCUGAAAAGGAGCUCCGAGCAACAGUUCAUGCCUGGUCUAGGAACAAGUCCAUUGAUGACACAUUUAAACAGAGGGGCAUUGAGUGGGUUUUCCAACCCCCUGCAGCAUCUCACAUGGGAGGCGUGUGGGAACGGCAGAUUCGAACCAUACGGAAGAUUUUCUCUUCGAUCAUAGGCAUGCAGAGAAUAGAUGAUGAUCGACUACGAACAUUAUCUUGUGAAGUAGAAGACAAUGAACAGCCGCCCUCUUACCGCGAUCCCAGGCAACGUCACAGAACCAGAAGCUUUAACCCCUAA